CGCUGCUGCUGCACGUUGUACAAAAAAAGUGUAUAAAGUUAAUAUUAUUAUUAGUGCGUUAAUAGUUAGACAAAAUCUGCUGGAAAUUAAAAAACAUGGGGUCAUAUCUUUCAAAGCCAAUAACAAAAAAAAUCUCGACUCACGGGAUAGGAAAGAAUGUGGUGUUUGGCGCGAGUUCUAUGCAAGGAUGGAGAAAAAGUCAAGAGGACGCUCACAAUUGCUGCAUAAACUUCGAUCAUAAUGCCUCAUUAUUUGCUGUUUAUGAUGGCCAUUCGGGUCAUGAGGUUGCUCAGUAUUGUUCCCAAAAAUUGCCUGAAUUUAUCAAGGAAACCGAUGCUUAUAAACGUGGUGAUGUUAGGCAAGCCUUGAUUGAUGCUUUCCUCGGUUUUGAUGCAACACUAAAAAAACCAGAAAUCAUAAAAAUUCUGAAAAAAAUAGCAAAAACAAAAGUAUCUGAUACUGAAAUAGCUGAAACAUGUGAUUCUGAUAAAGUCAGUCAUUUAGGGAUGAAAGCUGAAAUUCCACUUGAACAACUUAUUGGUCAAUAUAGACCUAAAUCAGAUGAAUCUAAAAAGAAACGUUGCUCCAAAAAAAAUAUUUCAAAUUCAUACUUUCGAUGUAGAAAAGCUAAAGAUAAAAAUCCAUCAUGUUCAGGCAGUUCAAGUUCAUGGGAGACAAGUAAAGCUGAUAAAAAAGAAGAAUUGCCUGACAGUUCCGGAGAUGUUAAUGAACAAGUAUCAUCAAAAAUUAAGGCUGACAUUAAUGGUGAAGAUAAAUCAAGCUGUGAUAUCAAUGACGAUGAUGAUGACGAUGAUGAUGAAGCUCAAAAUAACUCAUCUUUAGAACCAGGCUCAAAGUCGGGUUGUACUGCUAUUGUUGCACUUCUUCAUGGUGAAAACUUGUAUGUUGCAAAUGCUGGUGAUUCGAGAUGUGUCUUAUGUCGUGAUGGUAAAGCACUCGAGCUCAGUUUAGAUCAUAAACCUAAAGAUACAGAAGAAAUGAAGAGAAUUGAAAGAGCUGGUGGUGAAGUAACUUGGCAGGGAAGAGUCAAUGGCAAUCUUAAUCUUUCAAGAGCAAUUGGUGAUCAUCAAUACAAACAAAAUACAGAACUUCCACCUGAAGAUCAAAUGAUUUCAGCACUUCCUGAUAUUAGACAUAUUUUAAUUGAUCCGAAAAGAGAUGAAUUUCUUAUCUUGGCUUGUGAUGGCAUUUGGAAUUCUAUGUCUAGUUCUGAAGUCGUGAAGUUCGUCAAAAAGAAAAUCAAUGAUGCUGGAGAUAAUAUUUCAAAAGUUUGUGAAGAGCUUUUUGACCACUGCUUAGCUCCAGACACACGUGGUGCUCAAUUAGGCUGUGACAAUAUGACAACAAUUAUUGUUAAAUUUAAAAAUUCAACACUGAUUCCA